AAAUAAAAUAAUAGAAUUUAUGUAAUAUACAUAAAUUCGGUUAUUCUAGUGGAAAGUUUUAAUAUCGUCCGUUGCAGUGCUUUCCUUUAUAAAUGCAUAUAUAGUCGAUAAGCUGUAUAGUGGUGACGUCAAUUUGACGUUAGCGUUCUUUUCAACUUUGAGCUGCAAGUGAACAAACGUGUAAUUACAAUACAGAGAGAAGUAUUUUGAAAAUAUCAAGUUGAAUUACUAUAGUGGAUAUUAAAUUUCAGUAUGUUGAGAAGAGGUACCAGGAAGCGUACAGCAUCAGCGAGAGCUGGAGUAAGAAGGACCCCGGUGGUGUCGAAGGGAGUUUCGUCACGGGCGUCAGUACAAUCAUCUAUGACGGUUACAAGGCCUGAGGCUAUCUAUACUACUUCUGGACAUGACGGCGCUGCCAUACCAACAACUGCAACAUUAUCAACGACAAGAAUGUUGAUGCCAACAUUUUCCAGCAAUCAGGACAACUCCGUCCACAUUCCGGACAUGUUAUCAUGGCAACCAAGACCAGCAAUAGACCCCCAGCCAACUGUUGAUAACACACAGUUUGUGUCACAAACAGGUAAUGUGACCAAUAAUGAUUAUGUACAAAUUCCCAAUAGAAUUGAAAGUGUUCAUGAGAACCUAGGCAUAAAUGUAACACAGUCAAUUAAAGAAAAAAUAUUGAAAGGGGAAUUCAUAGAUUUAGCUUGUCUAUUAAAUAAUUCAGUCAACACGGGUUCUGACAAACAAAAGUUGACAUGGGCUCAAGGGGAAUUCAUUUUACAACCCAUUUCUCAACAAUCAAAAAUUACAAAUAUUGAAAAGUGGACAGAUGCUUUCAUCAUUUUUAUUUAUAUUUAUUGUGCUGUGCACGUAAACCGAUUUAAGGAAUUGUUAAAAUACAUGCACACAAUACGCCUUGGGGCUCAAAGAAACCAAGGUAUGGGUUGGAAAAAUUACGAUGAGCAAUAUAGACUAAGAAAAGCUCAUGAACCAUCCAGUUUAUGGAGUAAUAUAGACAAUGAGCUUUGGUUGUUAUAUAUGCAACCAGUGAAUACUAUCUCAAAUGUGUCCUUAAAUGUAUCUAAUAGUAAUAUUCAAGACAGUAGUGGUCAUGGGAACAAAUGCUAUAGUUAUAACUAUGAGGGAAGCUGUUGGAAAACACCUUGCUUUUAUAGCCAUUUGUGUUUAAGGUGUAAUGGUUCACAUCCAAUUAUAAACUGUCAAAGACAACUGGGAAAUGUGAGACCACAUGUUGGUAAUACACAAUAUAACACAGGCUCUCAGUUUCAGUUUCGGGCACCCGGGGCUCAGUAUAGAGCAGGGCCCCAGUUUCAAUUUCGCCCAAGGAGCGCCGAGUCAAGAGUCAGAUUUUCCCCAAGAAAUGCCACACAGUUCACACAAGCAAGAUCUAGACCAAAUAUCAGAACUAUGGCGACUUGGUAGAACCCCUAUUAAGAUUGGUGUUUUGAAAAAUAUGCUGAGGGCAUAUCCGCAUGCAGGUGUAGCAAAAGAAUUAUAUGAAGGAUUUUUAUGUGGUUUUCGUUUGAAAUAUUCAGGUCCGAGAAUUUCUUUUAUUUCCAAAAAUUUACAGUCGGCAAAUUGUCAUAAAGUUGAAACGUUGGAUAAGUUAGAUCAGGAGGUAAAAGCGGGUAGGAUGGCUGGUCCUUUUUUAGAAAAGCCGAUUUCUACUCUUAGGACUUCUCCUAUCGGUCUAGUACCAAAAGAGAAAGGUUGGAGGUUAAUAUCUCAUUUAUCAUAUCCGGAAGGUUCCGGGGUCAACGAUUUUAUUGAUCGCGAUGAAUGUUCCGUUCAAUAUGCAUCUUUUGAUGAAGUUAUACAAAUGGUCAGCUCACUCGGAAAGUCUGCAUUGAUUGGGGUACGGGACAUAAAGUCCGCUUUUCGUUUGCUGCCAGUGCACCCAUCAGAUUUUGAAUUGUUAGGGAUUUAUUUUGAUGAAAAGUUCUUUGUAAAUAAAAGUAUGGCUAUGGGAUGUUCAAUUUCAUGUAAUUUAUUCAAUAAGUUUUCGACCUUUUUACACUGGUUAGUAGUUGAACGGAGUGGAGUGAAAUCACUUGUGCAUUAUUUGGAUGAUUUUUUAUUUGGAGGCCCUGAGGAUACACCGGUAUGUCAAAUGAUGCUAGACAUUUUUUCAGAUAUUUGUGAGGAACUAGGUGUUCCGAUUGCUUCGGAAAAAUCAGUUGGACCUGUAACAUCUUUGAAAUUUUUAGGAUUGGUCAUUGACACUGUUGAAAUGGUUGUCAGAAUACCACAAGACAAAUUGUUAAAGCUAAAGUCUUUACUUGAACCGAUUUUGUUGAAUAAAAAGAUUACACACAAGGACUUAGAAUCAGUAGUGGGUUUGAUGGCUUUCUGUUCAAGGGCGAUUACUUCGUCUAGGGCUUUCCUUCGCAGGUUUUAUGAUGUCAUAGGGUCUAUAAAAAAUAAAAAGCCUUUUUAUUCAAUUAGAAUAAAUAAUGAUCUCAGAGAAGAUGCAAAAAUUUGGCUGAUUUUUCUGGAACAUUUUAACGGAGAUUGUUAUCUAUCAGAAAACACUUGGAUAACAAAUGAAACGUUGCAUUUGUACACUGACAGCUGUGGUAACUCUGAUUUAGGUUGUGGUGCAUAUUUUGAUGGUAAAUGGGCACAAUAUAAAUGGCCGGAAGCAUGGUCAAAUAUGCCAAUCAUGAGGGACAUUACUUUUUUAGAGUUAGUUCCAAUUGUUUUAGCUAUGUUUAUAUGGGCUUCAAAUUUCCAAAAUCGAAAGAUUUUAUUUCGAAUUGACAAUAUGGCAUUAGUUAGCAUUAUCAAUAAAAGAACUGCCAAGUCGAAGCGUGUGAUGGCAUUUAUUCGCCCCCUUGUUCUUUUUACAAUGCAGCACAAUAUUCAGUUUAAAGCACAACAUAUUGAUGGUUGUAAAAAUGAAAUUGCAGACUCGAUUUCUCGUUUUCAGUUGAAGAGAUUCCGGGAACUAGCACCCGGGGCCGAGUCGGUUCCAGAAAACAACCCAGAAGAGUUCAGAGAUUUGAUAUUGAGUUUGAAACAAACAGAUUAAUUAAUUGUUCGCUUGCUCCUAAUACAAUUCAAGCUUAUCAACGAGCUUUAAAUGCUUUGGCUAAAUUUAGGGAUAGUUUUGAUUUAGAUCAUAGUUUUCCAAUACCAUUGAACCACAUUACUCAGUUCAUUGCAUACAUGUCUUGCUUGGACAUGGCUCCAUCUACGGUGAAAUGUUAUAUUUCAGCCAUCAGUUUUUAUAAUAAGAUUAAUAAUUACGAAGAUAUGUCUCAAUUAUUUGUUGUAAGGAAAAUGAUUGAUGGAAUGGCAAGGUCAAAGUUAAAGAGACCUGACAGUAGAUUACCUAUUACUAUAGAUCUGUUAAAAAAUAUUAUAAAAAUUUUGCCCGCAUUUUGUAGCUCCAGAUAUGAAGCUGUCUUAUUUUCUAGUGCUUUUUCAAUGGGAUUUAUUGCAUUUCUGCGAGUUGGUGAAAUGACAACUGCAUGUGACAGGGAAGGGUCUAAUCAUGCCAUUAAAAUUGAAAAUGUGGAGGUUACUAAUCAUAAUAUAAAAAUAUACUUGGCGUCUUCAAAAACAGACCAGCUAGGUCGAGGGACUUCAAUUUUUGUGGCCCGACAAUCAGAUGUUGGAAUUUGUCCGGUAAAAUUACUGCAAGAAUAUUUAAAGAUUCGACCUCGAAUUAGUGGUCAAUUAUAUUGCCACUUUAAUGGCUCUCCAAUGACUCGAUAUCAGUUUUCAGGAAUUCUAAAACAAGCCCUGGGGUAUAUUGGUUUUGAUCAAUCAAAGUAUGGGACGCACUCAUUUAGAAUCGGUAGUGCUACUUCAGCAACUAUGCUUGGUUUUUCUGACGAGCAAAUUAAAGUAAUGGGUCGUUGGAGUUCUGAUACUUUCAAAAGUUAUAUACGAAUACCACAAUUUUGAAUAAAUUUCGUUGAAUUUGAUGGUCAAUUUAGUAUAUUUCAUGUCAAUACAUACAUGUAUUAAAUUGUAGGCCAAGAAGUGUCAGUAUGGAUAGUAGGCUCAUCUUUGAUAAGAAAUGCAUUUGUACACGCAAGAAGUAGAACAGGUGGUGUAAAUUUAGGUCUCCAUAGAAUAGGAGUCAAAAUUUGGUGGCAAGGGUAUGGUGGCAUGGGUUUAAAAGAUUUGGAAUCGACAAUAAAAAGACUGAUGAAAUAUGAAAAAGCGCCGAAAUAUCUUGUCCUUCAUAUUGCUGGAAAUGAUUUGGGGAAGACAAAAUUAGGAUUUUUAAGGAAUGAAAUCAAGGCCACCUUGGAGAAGGUACAAAGUUAUCUACCGAAUAGUUCGAUUGUAUGGUCUCAGAUUUUACCCAGAACAAAUUGGCGUCAUUCAAAAAGUCAGGAUAGCAUGAUGGCAUGCAGAAUAAGAAUAAAUAGUGCCAUUGCUUCAUUCGUGUUAAAGAAUGGGGGACAUUAUAUAAAGUAUCCAGAUAUUCUUCCUAAUAGUACUUUUUUAAAGGAAGAUGGUGUUCAUUUGACUGAUCUAGGAAAUGACAUAUUUCUAAAUAAUUUGCAAGGUGCGCUUGAAAUGUUUAUUUGUUCUGGUUCUUAUACAUAUCCAGAUACAUUUGGUACUAGUAUGUGUAUAUCUUAAAUAAUUUUAAAACAGUAUUGGCCACAGUCCUAUCGCAGCUUCAUCCCCACUUUAGUGGCGGUUGAUCCGGUACGGUUGAGUUUGACUAUACCGUACCUAAUCAAUUUGGCAACUUCGCUGCGUGUGAUAAACUACAGUUACAGUUGUCUAUAUUUUAGUGACAUUAAAAGUACAUUUUGUGGAUCGCUGUAUCCCAGGAUCCAACAGCUAAGUUAGUUGAUCGCUGUAUCCCAGGAUCAUACAUCUAUCUAUCUAUAUAUAUCUAUCUAGUAUCUGUAGGUUGCCAGAGGUAACCAAAAAAUGAUCUAUACAUCUAUGAAUCUAUACAUCUAUGAAUCUAUCUAGUUGAACAAUUUAUAUCGUUGAAUCUAUAUGUGUACAUAUUUAAAUUUGUGUUAAUAAUAAAAAGCUGUGGUCAAUACUGCCAAUAAAUCUUAGUUUUACAAGCCAUCUCGAAUAAUAGAAUUUAUGUAAUAUACAUAAAUUCGGUUAUUCUAGUGGAAAGUUUUAAUAUCGUCCGUUGCAGUGCUUUCCUUUAUAAAUGCAUAUAUAGUCGAUAAGCUGUAUAGUGGUGACGUCAAUUUGACGUUAGCGUUCUUUUCAACUUUGAGCUGCAAGUGAACAAACGUGUAAUUACAAUACAGAGAGAAGUAUUUUGAAAAUACCCACCCUCCCUCCACCAUAUAUAGUUAAAUCAUGUAGUUUUGUUUGGGUACUGCUCUUUUGUUCUUUUUAUUUUCAGGUACAUGUAUAUACGAGUAGUUAGAGUUCCAGUAUGAAAAAUUCUCCUCCAUUGAUGAUUUGCCAUGUGAUGUCAAAAAUUGCAGUAGUCAGUUAGAUGUUGGUUGUAUAGAAACAUUUGAUCGUUAAAAAGUGAAAAAUGUGUUGGCAACUUCGCUGCGUGUGAUAAACUACAGUUACAGUUGUCUAUAUUUUAGUGACAUUAAAAGUACAUUUUGUGGAUCGCUGUAUCCCAGGAUCCAACAGCUAAGUUAGUUGAUCGCUGUAUCCCAGGAUCAUACAUCUAUCUAUCUAUAUAUAUCUAUCUAGUAUCUGUAGGUUGCCAGAGGUAACCAAAAAAUGAUCUAUACAUCUAUGAAUCUAUACAUCUAUGAAUCUAUCUAGUUGAACAAUUUAUAUCGUUGAAUCUAUAUGUGUACAUAUUUAAAUUUGUGUUAAUAAUAAAAAGCUGUGGUCAAUACUGCCAAUAAAUCUUAGUUUUAC